GUCCUGUUUGUCCUGUCCGCUCCCCGUAGUUCGCUGUUGCACUGCGCGAAACAAACAUGGCGGCCGCCUUAGGGAGGAAGGUCUCUGGGUUGCUGAGGCCGCUGCUUCUCUUUACCAGGGCACCAAAGGUGUGCCAGUUUUCUACAAUUGGUCAGCCUCAAAUGAUACGGAAAAUUGCCUCAGCUCCUGUCUGGUCUACAAAGCUGUGUCAACCACCUCAACAGAGCAUCUUGCAACGUGUGUUACCAUACCUUCCUAGCUUGGUUCAUCAGCCUUGCAGAAACCUGACAUACUUCAGUGUAAAGAAAGGGAAGAGGAAGUCAGUCAAAUCUGUGACAGAAAGGUUCCUGAGGCUGCACUGCGGCCUCUGGGUCAGACGUCAGGCUGGAUACAAGAAGAAAUUAUGGAAGAAACUGCCUGCCAGAAAGAAACGCCUGAGGGAAUUUAUAUUUUGUAACAAAACACAGUGCAAGCUUUUGGAUAAAAUGACAACUUCCUUCUGGAAAAGAAGGAACUGGUAUCUCAACGAUCCAUACUUUAAGUACCACGAUCGGGUUAACCUCAAAGUAUAAUUAUUAAUUGAUGUAUGUGUUUUUCCUUGUUUGAAUGCAUAAUGUAAUAAAAUCAUAUGCCU